AUGAUAUGGGGAAAGGUUCAUUUCCAUGUAGAUCCUAUUUGCCUUCGAAGCAAUAGAAGAGUGAUUAAACAAAUUGAAAUAUAUGAAGACUGUGGAGAAGCAGGAAAAGGACUGGAGAAUGACAAGUGUGAGCUAAAGGACACUGGAAAAGCAGCUUCUGAUGAAGAAGAAGGUGAGCUGGGUGAAGAAAAGGAAGGAGAACUUCAUCCACUUGUUACUGUAACUCAGAUAAACCCAGAAGAAAUUCCCGAUGUGCCUCCUAAUCGUUUCUUAUUCAGAGGAGAUAAUUCUGCAAAGAAAAGUAAAGAGGAGAAACCACCCGAAAGGCGUAGACGACCAAGAAUACGUGGUGUUACCAAGAGUGGACGACUCAUUAAAGGAAGAGGUGUUUUUAGGUAUCGUACACCAUCUCGCAGUCGGUCAAGAAGUGUGACACCUCCACAUUGGAAGCAAGCCCAACAGAGGACUAUCAAACUCAGUGAAUAUGAAAAGCAAGAACGAGAACGAAAAAAGCGAGAAGAAGAAAUAAAACGACGUGAAGAGGAGCGUAAAAAGCGACAUAUGGAGCGUGACAUGCAACAACGACAUGCUGAUCGGGAUAAACCUAAUGAGCAGCAUGAAAGAGACAAAGAGAAACGGAAUGAAGGAGAGACUGUGGUGCAGACAUCUGAGCCUGAAGAUGGUGAAGUUCAAACAAAUAUUACCAAUAUAGAUAAUGAUAUGCCACCAAUGUCAGGACAGGGCCCUGUUGACUACAAUGCAUUGGAUUAUGAAACAAUGGAUGGAGGUGUGUCUGAUAAAGAAGAAGAAGAAAAGAAAACAAAAAAUACUCCAUUAAGUGAGUGGUUUUGUAGUUCCGUGACGGAAAACCGGAAACCCGUGACUGUUGGCUACACUGCUGGCGUGUCAUGGACUCUUCGUAGAGGAUCACAUAGGGUAGUGCUUUCUGAAAACACUUGCAAGCAUUGCUUUAAACAUGAUGCUGAUCAAGAAACUAACUCUGGGAAUUUCUGA